CCAUGGCAAGCGGACGUGCCUGGACGAGCUCUCUACUUCUUAUUUACCAGCUGCGACAUACACUUAGCCAGCGGGUCUUAUACACUGGCUGCUCCAGUGUCCUGCCCACAGCAACAAGAAUGCCUCAUACAAGAAAUAAACAAAACCAGGCCACCGGAAAACCUACUGAACAGCCAUGUGCAGGUGCUAACACAGCGGUGUCGGUGCAGGGGCCCGUAGCAACACCGCUCUCAACACCCGCCCCGACGGUCGCCACUAGCCAAGACGUCUGCAAUCAAGACACCCUCGUCUCUGAUGUACCCAGUGACAUUCUAAGCCUGAUCGGAAAUGAAAUCACCCCUAUCUGGUCAGAGGAAGGCAAAGUGAUAACACGUACUAUAAUGAAAGCCACACAACUAAUGAUCAGUCAAAAGGAUCAAACAAUAUCCCAAAUGCAAAAUAGCAUCAAAAUACUUGAGAACAGAGUUAUGCAGUUAGAAAGCCAAUUAGAUGAAGUAAACCAGUAUAAAAGAAGAGAUAUCUUAAUUGUCGGUGGACCAGUAUUGCCAUCUGAAAACCCUAAUGAAAAUAGUGCUGAGGUAAUAAUAAAUUCUAUCAAAGACAACCUUCACAUCAAUAUAACUCCUUCAGACAUAAGUGUUGCUCAUCGUCUAGGUGCUAAACGAGCAUAGAACAUAAAUAGACCAAUUAUUGUUAAGCUACAUAGUAGACAAAAGAAAUCAGAAAUAAUGAAUGCCUGUGCAACUGUUCGACCAAAGCUUUAUAUCAACGAAAGCCUCACACAUAAACGUCGACCACUCUUCAAAAUAAUAUGGGAAAUUAGAAAACAACACAGGGAUUCAUUCCAACAA